GGGCCCCAUGGCUUGAAUACCUCCCGCUACCAUCUGAAGAGUGACGAGGGCCCUCUGAUUAUCAGGAGUUAUUAGUUACAUCAAAUGCUUUAUCAACUUACGCCCUUUGAUUGUUCUCCAGCCACAGCGCCAGACCAACUAGUCUAAAUUUGGAGUCCUCGGGGGUAUAUCCCGCCGCCGAAUUAGGUAGGUGCCCAUACUUAGGUAUUACUUACUUGUCUCCAUCCAUAAAUUAGCCUGAACAACCAUCAGAAGUCAUCACCCUCAAUCCUCUGUUCAUCACCAUCUUCUUCGUCGUAUGGUUUUCACAUUUUGGCGAUCCACCGGUCUCAACACAGCAUGCCGUCGCAACGUGAACUCAAUAGCAGCGAUGAAUCAGCUUACUCUGGAGCCUCGUCUAUAUCACGAGACACCAGAACUGCUCGACUCUACUUCGAGGCUACAGAGCUUGGGCUUAUGCCGGAAUCGGCGAUUCUCAAACGAUCGCUCAGUCUAACGUCCGUCAUUUCGACAACCUCUUUCUUCAGCCGCCGGUUUCAAAGUGCGCGGUUUCGCUCCGAACUGCAAAAAAUUAAUCAAAUCGGCAGUGGCCUGCAAGGAGCCGUUUUUGAAGUGGUCGGACAGGUCCUCGUUUUCAAGAAAGAAAAUCCAGGCAAUGAAACACUAUCCUCAAAUCUCCGGCACGAGUUUAUAAUCCACCGCGCUGUCUCGGCCGCAUUUGAUCAAUAUGGGCACGCGAUUCACAGCCAGGUCGUACGAAAAGCCCUCAUAACUCAUCUCUAUGGUUGCGAUCGAAAUCUUGACACCACUGAUAUUGAGUCCCUUCUCAACGAGCCCAACAACAAGCACUGCCUCGCCCGAGUCUAUUUGGGCCAGAUUAUGGGUCCGAUGAAUCUUGACAACUCAGCCCCGCUCAGAAAUUUCCCUCUCUACCUCGGGUUCAUGGAGGAACUUGGCGUCGAUACCGACACGCUUGCUAAUGAAAUGGGAAAGGCAUAUGCAAUCUUACACUGGGGUGCCGGCAUAAACGGCGAUGAUGUGGAAUUCGUGCUUGGUACAUCGGCCGUAGACGCGCCGAGGGCUCUUGUUGAGCCGCCGGACUUUCAGCACCGCGCCGUUGGGCUCUAUCUCUUGGACUUCGGACAAUGCGAGGUGGUCAACUUAACGCAGGAUUGUGACGUCGUUUACCAGGCCUUUAGAGGGGCUAUGGUAACGGGUGAUAACCAGCGGUUCAUCCCGCAUUACUCGAGAAGCCCGAAAUUGUUCGCGGCCUUUAGGAAGGGAUACACUGAUGCAGGUAAUGCCAUUCUACGGCAAAAGCAGCUCAGCGACAAGUUUAGUAUGGUAGACUUCAUGCAGGAGUACGAGGAAUACGCGCAGGAUUUCCUGUAUUAG